AUGCCUCGACCCGCUUUCACGUCGAAACUCUUGCUGCCGCACCGGCUCAAGUACAACACGGCAAACAGCAGCACCACCUCGGUCAACAGCAUCCCCACGAGCCGCCAGGGCAGCCCCAAACGAACCAUGAGCGACGUCAAGCCCGGCCUGGUGCUGCGGGCGAACGUGAUCAAGGGCCGCAACCUCGCCGCAAAGGACCGCAGUGGCACCUCUGACCCGUACCUCGUCGUCGCUCUCGGCGAUGCAAAGCAGGCCACUCCGACCAUCAACAAGACGUUGAACCCCGAAUGGAACACGACGCUUGAGCUGCCCGUCGUCGACGAGCAGAGCCUGUUGCUCGAGGCCACCUGCUGGGACAAGGACCGCUUCGGCAAGGACUAUAUGGGCGACUUUGACGUCAUCCUCGAGGAUGUCUUUCAGCACGGCUACCCGGUCGCCGAGCCGCAGUGGUUCCCGCUCGAGUCGCGCCGCGGCGGGAAGAAGAAGUCGCACGUCUCCGGCGAGAUCCAGAUCCAGUUCACUCUCAUCGACACGAGCAACCCCACCGCCACCCCCGAGCAGAUCGUCCAGAAGUUCUUCGCCAUCGCUGGCCAGACACCAAGCCCCGACGAGUCUGACGAGAAUGGCCUGCUGCGUGCCGACAGCGCAGGUACCGACCUCGACGACGACGAGAGCUCGAGCUCGAACGAGGCCCUUGAUGAGUCGAAGAAGGCUGAGAAGCACGAGAAGCGCCGCAAAAAGCUCAGGAUGGCGCGCCUCAGGAAGAAGGCCAAGCAGAUCAGCGGCUACGAGUACUCCGACAAGUCAGAAGUCGCCGGCGUUCUGUUCUUGGAGUUGUCGAACAUCACAGACCUGCCUCCAGAGAAGAAUGUCACACGGACAUCGUUCGACAUGGAUCCGUUUGUGGUGACAUCCCUGGGCAAGAAGACAUACCGCACAAAGACCGUCAGACACGAUCUGAAUCCGGUCUAUGAAGAGAAGCUGGUCUUCCAGGUCCUACGCCACGAAGUCCACUACUCUGUCAACUUCACGGUCAUCGACAAGGACAAGUUCUCUGGCAACGACUACGUCGGAAUGGUCAAUUUCCCUCUCGAGAAGGCCGUCUCCGUUGCACCAGUUGCGGACCCAGAUACUGGUCUCUACAGGCUGCCCGAGCCUUCAGAUUCUCCAGGCCUCCCGGAUACCGGCAGGAGGUCUCGCUUUCGUCUUCCCGUCUCGCGCUCGUCAUCGUCGCACAGUCUCUCUCGACUUGGCAGGCCUUCGCUCAAGAAAGAAAAUUCCACCGGGUCCCUGUCAGCCAAGGACUCGAACGGCUCAUUGGCACCUGCGCCGACUAGCGCGCCAGCUGUGGACAGCAACGGAAACUUGGCGCCUGUGCCUGCCAUCAAUGUAGACCCCUCUGUCGUUGACGACCAAGACUUGAAGACCUUCAUUCUGCCCCUGGAAAUGAAGAACAAGGAGCGAUGGGAGGCGAAACACAGCCCGACACUCUACAUCCGCGCCAAGUAUCUUCCUUACAGGGCUCUGCGGCAACAGUUUUGGAGGGCCAUGCUUAAGCAGUACGACGCCGACGAAAGUGGUCUCAUUGACAAGAUUGAGCUGACCACCAUGCUCGAUACACUUGGCUCAACCUUGCACGCUUCGACAAUUGACAGCUUCUUCAGCCGAUUCAUGGCCAGCCACAAUGGCGACGAGCUACUCACUUUUGAUGAAGCUGUGAUCUGUCUCGAAGACCAAUUGCAAAAGAUCGAGCAGAAGGAAGCUCAGAAGAGCGGUAAUGUAGGCUUGUUCACCCCAGGCACAUCCACACCAUCACUUGCGUCUGGCCAGCAGACCCCAAUGAAUAAGAACGCCUCGAGGACUUCGAUACCCGUCCUCGAGACUAAUCAACUUGGAUCGGAAGGGGAGGAAGGCGACUUUCUUGCUGAUGACCUUACGGAUGAGACUGGCGAAGAGCACGUCAUCGAGAUCCGCGAGUGCCCCAUCUGCCACCAGCCAAAGCUGAACAAGCGGUCUGACGCUAACAUCAUCACCCACAUUGCAACCUGUGCUAGCCAAGACUGGAAGCAAGUCAACAAUAUCGUCAUGUCAGGCUUCGUCACAUCAAGUCAAGCACAGCGGAAGUGGUACUCCAAGGUGAUCACCAAGAUCUCGUACGGUGGCUACAAGCUUGGUGCCAAUUCCGCCAAUAUACUCGUACAAGAUCGUCUCACUGGUCAGAUCAACGAGGAACGUAUGAGCGUGUACGUUCGUCUGGGUAUUCGUAUGCUCUACAAGGGUCUCAAGGCCAACAACAUGGAGAAGAAGCGAAUUCGCAAGUUGCUUAAAUCUCUCAGCAUCAAGCAGGGCAAGAAGUACGACGAUCCAGCGUCUACGAAGGAGAUCGAGCCUUUCAUUGCCUUCCAUCAACUGGAUAUGUCAGAGGUGCUCCAGCCCAUCACGCAGUUCAAGAGCUUCAACGAGUUCUUUUACCGCGCUCUCAAGCCUGAGGCGCGUCCCUGCUCAGCUCCAGAUGACUCGCGGGUCAUUGUUUCGCCGGCUGAUUGCCGUUCCGUUGUUUUCAACACGCUUGACCAGGCGCAGUCUAUUUGGGUCAAGGGCCGUGAGUUCACAGUCGAACGUCUUCUUGGCGAUGCCUACCCCCAGGACGCCGCACGUUACCAUGGUGGCUCCCUUGGUAUCUUCCGUCUUGCGCCGCAGGACUACCACCGCUUCCACAUUCCAGUGGACGGAGUGCUUGAUGAGCCAAAGAUCAUCGAGGGAGAAUACUACACCGUCAAUCCGAUGGCUAUCCGAUCAGCUUUGGAUGUGUACGGUGAGAACGUACGUGUGAUCUGCCCGAUUGACUCUGUCAGCCAUGGCCGCGUUAUGGUCAUUUGCAUCGGUGCUAUGAUGGUAGGCAGCACUGUCAUCACGCGCAACAAGGGUGACCACGUUAAGCGUGCUGAAGAGCUUGGCUACUUCAAAUUCGGUGGAAGUACACUUUUGUUGCUCUUUGAGCCUGGGCAGAUGCGGUAUGACGAUGAUCUUGUCGACAACUCGCGAUCUGCGCUGGAGACUCUCGUCCGCGUUGGCAUGUCCAUUGGCCACAGCCCUGAUAGGCCGUCACAUGUUCCUGACAUGCGCAAGAUAAAACCCACACACCAAGAGAAGCAAGAUGCGAAGCGUCGAAUUGAGGGCAGUUUGGCGCCUGAGGCGUGGUCGGCCUCCUGCGCUCAUGCACGCGCUUCGACGCUACUUCCGCGCAACACCGAUUUGACCUUCACCAUACCGGACUCAAUGUCCACCGUUUUCGCGCGCUCCCCGCUCACAUCCCUACCUAUGGCCGCAAACCGACCAAGCACGCGACGAAGAAGCGCGAAGCAAGCCUUCGGCGAUGACGAUGCGCUCGCGCCAAAGAGGGUAAAGGCCGAGGUGAACGGCGCCAGCAAGAAGACCACUACCACCACAACGAAGAAGACCACCAAAGUCGCGUACGACGAAAACGACGACGGCUUCACGUUCUCCCGGCGCACGACGCGCAAGUCGACGAAAGCGCAGGCUGCGCCAUUGCAAGAAAGCAUACCGGAAGACAGGGUAGCCAAACUAACGCGACGGGGAGAAGUCCUGCGCUCGUCGCCAGAACCGGCACCCGUGAACACGAAAGCGCCAGCACGACGAAAGAAGUCAAUCGCCACCGUGGAGUCAGAGUCGUCCGAAACACAGAAUCGACGACGUUCGGCACGCAUAUCCAGCGACAGGAACAGCCUUGAAAUCCGGCCCAAAUCUAUAGAGCCUCUACCCCUGAAGCGUACAGGCAGGAAGGCGCCCUCUGAGCCGCAGAAGAAGCAGAAGCAGAAGCAGGUCACACCAGCACCCGAGGAACAGCCAACGCACGCGUUUGCAGGCGCGCAGACACCUCAGCACGAUGUCAGCGCGGCCAAAGAGCGCGAUCCCAAUGCGAAGCGCAUCAUGCUCCCCUUUGCGGACACGCCGGUCAUCACACGAAAUAAAGAAAUGCGUAAAGGCAACAAGGACGGGCACAGGAGGAGUAGCACUGGUCUGCGUGGCAGGAGAGCAAGCUCGCUGAUUGAUAGUGGCAUGUCGAAUGCGCUUCCACACUCGGCGAUCGAGGUUGCGGACUACUACAAAUACAUCGAGCAAAGUCUGCCUGAACCACGACGAAUGAAGCAGCUGCUCACAUGGUGUGGGUCGCAAGCACUCCCAGAGAAGCCAUCGGGCGAUGUUAAGAAUGCGAACGCGAUAAUGGCUGCGCGAGCUAUACAACAGGAGCUCAUAGAUGACUUCGCAAAUCGGCCAGAGCUGUCAGAUUGGUUCAGCAGAGAGGAGACGGCGGCACCACCAAAGAUCAAGAAGCCGAAUCCAACCAACGAGAAAAACAGGCUCACCAUGCAAGAGCUGGAAGAAGAGGUUAGGAGACUCGAAGAGGAGAAGGCCGCUUGGGAAAGUUUGGAGACGUCGGCAGCUUCUUUCCCUUCAGUAGCAGUCCCGACGAACGACACAGCAACUACAUUAGCUAACAUCGAUACAUCGCUUUUGGACCCGGCGCAAGCUGCAAUACUUGCGCAACUACGGCUCCCGCCAACAUUAGCCGAAGAGCAACCGCCGUCGAUAGCCUUCACAUUCACAUUCACGACCCCAUUCGCCUUGCAAUCUCAUCUCAACAAACUCAGCCAAUUGCUUGAACCUAAUAUCGACCUCUUCGCAGACGGCGUUCACAAAAUUGAGCAGUACCGCAACACAGCAGAGCGCGUGGCAGAUCGCGUACUCGGCAUCGCAGCGAAACGACUAGAGGAUCGCGACCGCGAGGUCAAGGAACGCGUGGGCGCGGAUGACAUCGGGGUCAGUGAUGUGCUGAGGGGACUGGCGGGUGUGCUUCGAGAGCCGUGA